AUGCGUGUGUCAGGAACCUCCCACCCGGACUACAGCCAUCCCCUACUGGAUCAGUUGAAAACUAGAUUACUAGGAUGGGUCGCGAACACACAGCUAUCCACACCUGAAAGUAAUCUAGGAAAACGCGAAAUCCGAGGAAGGAAACUUCUGCUACAACUCAUAAAAGAAGAAAGAGUGUUUGUAACAAAAGCCGAUAAAGGGGGAGCCACACUGAUCCUGGACUAUGACGUCGUCGUGAACACGAUAAAAGAGGAAAUAUCAGAUACUAGGAAGUAUACGAAAUUAGAUUCUACUAUUGAAGACUACAUGGAGAACACCAGAACGGAGAUAGUUAAGGAGGUCCUGGCCCAAGAACACAUUGGGCACAUAACAUCUAAGGACAAGACUAUAAUAACAGGUCUCAACACGGAUAAUAACAUGAAACACAGCCCGGAUUACAGACCAGUACCACCAAAAAUCUGGCCCUUGUUCAAAGUACACAAGCUAUCAGAAGAACAAAUCAGGAACAAGGUUGUACCACCACAAAGAUUCAUCAAUGCAGCAAAGCAUGGUCCCCUCUAUAGACUAGGGCAAUGGUCAAGCCCACACCUAACAAAAAUCAGCCAGGACUACUGUGGAGAUGAAUUCCUGCUUGACACUCCCCAUCUUAUGAGGAAAAUCGAGCAACACAACUCAUCCCCACCAAGAGGAAACACCCUACUAGCCACCCUGGACGUGGAAGCCCUGUACCCCUCCAUUAACCCACGUUUAGCACUAGAGGCCAUGGCGGACGCUUUUGAAUCGGAUCGAACCACAUCUGAAAGGACUAAGGACGCUUUGCUGAAUUUCACCAAACUCUCCUUUAACCACUCUUGUGUUACGUUCCGAGACAAUUGUUAUAAGUCGGAGAAAGGGAUCCCAACAGGGGGAUGCGAUUCAAGGCAGAUCGCUGAUCUAUUUCUGCACUGGCUUAUGCAUAAAAAACUUAGGAAUGAUCUCCCUUGGGAUAGCCUCAUUGAACUGUUUUUACGCUACAUCGAUGACUGCUUCAUAAUCUGGAAGGGUACGGCAAGGCAGUUUGAUUCUUUUGUACAGAAAUUGAACCAACUGGCAGCGGAAUACGGGAUAAGGUUUGGCAGCUGGGAAUUGGGGAAGGAGGUGAAUUUCCUGGACAUAACCUUGUAUUUGGACACAACCAACAAGAUCCAAUAUAAGCUCUACACCAAACCGACAGAUGCCAGGAAUUUUCUCCGUACUGACAGUUUCCACCCAAAACACGUGUUUAACUCCGUAGCCUUCUCCCAAAUGCUUCGGAUUGCUAACAGGAACUCAAGAGAGGAUACACGGCAGGCGGACCCACAGCAAUUGAAAUCGGAUUUGCGUCGUAGUGGACACGACUCAGCGAAACUGAACGCCUUAGAGCCAAAAGUGUUGGAGAAGCUGUUCAAUCCUCCACCCAACUCAGAAGGAAGUGUUCAUGUUCCCCAAAAAACUUCCAUGGUGUUUUCAGUCCAACACCUCUCGGAGAUGCCCCAGCUUAAAUCAGUCUUAAAGGAGUUGGAACCGGACAUUGAAGCACUAUUAGGCCCAACACAAAUCACGGUGGCAUCGAAGAAAGGCUGCUCGAUUGCUAAUGAUGUAAUUUAA